CAGGCGUCGCGGCCGGCCCGGGGCGUUGAGCGGGUGGACCGCGGCGGGAGGCGCGGCGGCGUCUUGGGGGGAACGCAUCAAAAUGGAUCGGCGAAGCCGAGUAACGAAGGCGUCCUCCGGCCAAGCGCCGCACCACUCCCCGGUGGCGCCUAGGAGGGAAAGGAGGCCUAGCAUGUUCGAGAAGGAGGCAUAUGCACAAAUCUUAAGAGAAAGAUUGAGAGAAUCUUUUCAUGAUGUUCAGUAUGUGGAACCUCCAUUUGACGAUUCAAUUGCUGAUAUAGGCAAAGAAUGGAAGAGUGCCCUGGCAAAAUUAAAGUUUGCUAAUUCAUAUAGAAUGGAGCCAUUGAGGAAAUUCCAAGCACAUCCAGUAGAAACUAAAAUCCAGCAGAUAUUAAAGGACAGUCUUAAAGAUCUCAAAUAUGAUGAAAAAGCCUUCUCUCAUAUAUCACUUGACUUGGCAGAUCGAGUAUUGGCAGCAGUCAAAGAAUUGGGGUACUACCGUUAUAAAUUCAUUAUAAAAGUAUUAUUUAUUCAAAAGACUGGUCAAGCAAUAAAUAUUGCCAGCAGAUGGAUCUGGGAUGUGGCAUGGGACAGCUGGGUACAAGCUAAACAUGAAACAGAGACCUACGUGGCAUUGGUUUUGGUAUUUGCUCUCUAUUGUGAAUAGCUCAGGACUAAAACAGUUUCACACACACCCCCUUUCAAAAUAAAUCACAUGUACAGA